GAGCCGAGCUCAGCCUGGCUGUGUCCAUGGCCGGCCGCGGGCCCGAGCAGGGCUACAUCCGCACCGUGCUGGGCCAGCAGAUCCUGGGCGAGCUGGACAGCUCCAGUCUGGCGCUACCCUCCGAGGACCGGCUCAAGCUCUCGGGAGAUCGCGCCGGGGAGGAGAAGGCGCUGCGCAUCCACCGGCAGGUCCAGCAGACCCUGGCCAGGAAGAGCCGGGGCUCACUGUACAAUGGCAGCCUGCACCGUGCAUCCAGUGUACCAGAGCGUGUCUAUAACAUGGGGAUCACUGAGAAUGAUUUUGCACCAAGGUCUCCCUACAGUUUCUCAUAUUACCAGGCAAACCAGGUUGCCUCCCCAUCCUCUUACACAAAUGGCUGGGGGACAAGGAUUGCUUACAGGACGAUGGAAGAGAGAGCUCAAAGACAGCCUCUGAAAAGACUGGAGGUUUCACCCCAACGAAAUCCAGAAAGAUUGGCGUACAUAUCCAACGAUUUUCACUAUGGCGGAGGGAUUUCAGCUGGCUUUUCCAUGAGGCACGGAGAUUGCCUGAGAUCCAGUGGGACUGUGCCGCCAAGAUACGCUCGCUCCGAGAUUGUUGGUUACAGCCUUCGCGACUCCAUGCACAGGGGACACUCCUUCAAGAGGCAGUCCGGCGUGGGGAGUGUCAGCGAUGCUGUCUUUGAUGGUGCCUACCCCAGUCCCUCUGUCCCUCUGUCCCACCAGCCUCGCAACAGCCGCAGCAUGACCAACCUUCUGGAGAAGGAAAACUACCUGGCCUCAGAGAGCGCCAUGGGACAAGUGAGGUCCCCGACUGCGUCCUAUUUGUCUCAGAACAGGCAAUCUGUGAGGUCCAGCUUCUACCAAACUGCCUUCAGAAACACACAGAGCAGGAGGGAAGUUUCCCAGCCAGCUUCCAUAGCCAGUGUCACUGCAGAAACGGAUGGGAAGAGGAUGCCAGUGACAGCUGCUAUGGCUGCAGCAGGGAGAAAUAGUUUCCUGCAGAGCGAGCAGGUGACCCUCAAUGGCUCUCAGCUCGGGAGCCCAGAAGUGGAGAUGACACUGGAACGUGCAGUGAACAUACUGAAGAGUGAAAAUACUCAGUCCACCCCCAGGAUCCUUGCUGCAGUGACUUUCAUACAGCAUGAGUGCUUCCAAAAAGCAGAUGCCAGGAGAAAAGUUUUCUCACUUGGUGGUAUCCCUAGACUUUUACAGCUCCUUGAGGUUCAGAAUGAAGACAUUCAGCGGGCAGCGUGUGGUGCUCUGAGAAACUUGGUGUUUGAGGACAAUGACAACAAACUGGAAGUGUCAGAGCAGAAAGGGAUCCCAGUCCUGCUCUGCCUGCUGCGGCACACCAGGGAGAUAGAGACUAAGAAGCAAAUCACAGGUUUGUUGUGGAAUCUAUCCUCCAAUGACCAGCUGAAGCACCUGUUGGUUAGAGAAGCCCUGCAGACCCUGACUGAAGCUGUCCUCAUCCCCUAUUCAGGCUGGCCAGACAGAGAUUACCCAAAAUCAAGUGUUCUACCCGACCCUGAUAUCUUCUACAAUGCCACAGGAUGCCUGAGAAACAUGAGCUCUGCUGGCCCAGAAGGAAGGAAGAUGAUGAGAGAAUGUGAGGGCUUGAUUGAUUCUCUUGUGUAUUAUAUCCAAGGAGCUAUUGCAGACCAUGAGCCCAAUGACAAGGCCACAGAAAACUGUGUAUGCAUUCUUCACAAUCUUUCUUACCAGCUAGAGAUAGAGCUCCCUGAGAGCUAUGCCCAGAGCAUAUAUAUGCAAAGAAGAAAUAUUUCUAACAAUGAUAAAACACCAGGCUGUUUUGGAACACGGAGCAGAAAAGUGAAAGAGAAGCAGCAGGACACCCCGCUACCUGAGGAAAAGAGCAAUCCUAAAGGUGUUGAAUCACUCUGGCAUUCUACACUGAUUAGGAUAUACCUCUCCUUAAUAGCAAAGAGUACCAGAAACUACACCCAGGAAGCAUCCCUGGGAGCUCUGCAGAACCUCACAGCUGGCACUGGACCAAUGCCAUUCGCAGUGGCCCGGACUGUUGUUCAGAAGGCAAAUGGCCUCCCAAGCAUCCGAGCUAUGCUGCACGUCAGCCACCCCGCAGUGAAGAAAACAGCGGUCUCACUGCUCAGGAACCUGUCUCGAAACACCUCCCUGAAAAAUGACAUAGCCAGAGAAGUUCUGCCUGAUUUGGUGUCGAUCCUGCCCGAGUGUGUGCCAGGGUGUGACGUUGCCUGUGAAACCACGGCGUCCAUCUGCUACACCCUGUUCAACCUGACUCAGAGCAGCUCACACAACACCCGGCUGCUCCUCAGUGCCCACGGCCUGCCCAAGGUCAUUGCCAUCAGCAUGAAUGACAGCAUUAUGUUCAGCAAAGCCAGCAGGGCUGCUUCAGUCCUCCUCUACUCCCUGUGGUCACACACGGAUCUCCACAGUGCUUACAAAAAGGCUGACUUUAAGAAGGCGGAUUUCAUCAACAGCCGGACUGCAAAAGCCUAUAACUCACUAAAGGAUUGAAUCAGAGCACAACGCCAUGGAAGACAGAUCAUACAGCAGCUGAUGUAACCAUCUCCUCGCAGUUGCUGUCUCCAUCAUGAACCACAAAGUAUCUCAGAAAAAAAAGGGUUUUCUUUAAAGACUUAAGUGAUUUUCUAUAAAGACUUAAGUGGCCAGAGAGUAGCUUUUUUGAGUUUUUAAUCCUAAUCACCUUGUUGUCACUGUAUAUAUCAAUACAAGAAUAACCAAAGAUGGAUUCUCCAGGAUGUCUGAGGUGAAGUUUCAUCCAGGUUUACCACUAGUCAGAGCUCCAGGUGACUGACUUUGUUCUAUACAGAGGAGUUUGAAACACUGGUUGGCAGCAAAUUUUUUUCAGACUGUUUUAUAUCUAAAGUUUUCUACAGUGGAUAAACAAGUGCACUGCUCAGAAUUUAGUCAUUUUUCACUCUUGUUUCUUCACACAGCUAAAUAAGAAUCUCCAGACUCUAUGAGUAUGCACAAGAAGCUCUUUCACUACUUACAUUAUAAACGCACCAAUGAAGUUAAAAUUAAUAUUUUUGUAUUGUUUGUUUUCAUGGGCUCACUGGUUCUUAAGCCUCUUCCCUUUGAGAUUUCAUCAGCAAAUGCAGCAAAAUUGAUUUUACAUAGAUCUUAUCAUC